CACAAGCAAAAGUGACCGGGGCAAAUUCGGUGCGCACCCCACCCAAAAGUGCAGCAAGGAAAUUAUACGUGCUUGCCCGAUUUCGACCUCUGCCACUUGAAAUCGCCCAUUCGACGCCGACCCGAGUAGACGACCGACCAGGAAACCUCCAAAACACCAAAGGCACCGGGCCCCCGAAGGAGAAUAAAAAACACAUCAGACACAAUGGCCGACGCAGCACCCCGUGGCGGCGGUUUCGCAUCGCGUGGAGGAGACCGUGGCGGCGACCGCGGCCGUGGUGACCGUGGCCGUGGACGUGGACGUGGCCGUGGCCGUCGUGGCGGCAAGUCCGACGAGAAGGAGUGGCAGCCCGUGACCAAGCUCGGCCGUCUCGUGAAGGCCGGCAAGAUCAAGAGCAUGGAGGAGAUCUACCUGCACUCGCUCCCCAUCAAGGAGUACCAGAUCGUCGACUUUUUCCUGCCCAAGCUCAAGGAUGAGGUCAUGAAGAUCAAGCCCGUCCAGAAGCAGACCCGUGCCGGUCAGCGUACCCGUUUCAAGGCCAUUGUCAUCAUUGGUGACUCUGAGGGCCACGUUGGUCUGGGUAUCAAGACCUCUAAGGAGGUUGCCACCGCUAUCCGCGCCGCCAUCAUUAUUGCCAAGCUUAGCGUCAUCCCCGUCCGUCGUGGUUACUGGGGUACCAACCUUGGUACUCCUCACUCGCUCCCCGUUAAGGAGAGCGGCAAGUGCGGUUCCGUCACUGUCCGCCUUAUCCCUGCUCCCCGUGGUACCGCCCUGGUUGCCUCGCCCGCUGUCAAGCGUCUCCUCCAGCUUGCUGGUAUCGAGGAUGCCUACACAUCGUCGUCCGGCUCGACCAAGACCCUCGAGAACACCCUGAAGGCCACUUUCUCGGCCGUUUCCAACACAUACGGUUUCCUUACCCCCAACCUGUGGAAGGAGACCAAGCUCAUCAGGAGCCCGCUGGAGGAGUUUGCCGACACCCUCAGGGACGGCAAGCGUUACUAGAUGUUUGGGACGAUGGUUUAAAUUUUCUGACGGUCGUCGGGGCGUCUUUGAUCUGGCUUUCUUCAUUUGCAUGGGUUUACGGACGGGGCAUCAACUUUCGGGGUCAUUCAAAAAGCAAUUUGUUAUGACCUGAUUUGAACGAAAUGAGACUUCAACCAACGAUGGAUUGCCAUGCGGCUCGCGAGUGAAAAUGACUUGUGUUGAAGUGAUUAUGCAAAAAAGGGGUUAUUGUCCCAGGCACUGCGCUGGCAAGUGCCAUGACGCGCGAAUAAGACAUAGAUGAUUUGGGUCAUUCUGAGGUAUCCACAGACCAGUCUUUGAUAAUAUCAAAGGACUAGAGGAAGACGGGCACAUCUUUCUGUUUGGAAACGGUUAUGGAAAACAUCUCAUCUCGUAGCAGUUGGGCGCUGCUCUUGUUCAUAUGGUUAUUCGGCGGAGUGGCAUACAAAGUGUUUGCUCCGUCAAUAACUACCUACCUAUCUACUUAGCUCAGGUAUUAAAAAUACCUAAUGCUCUUUGAUUAAUGAAGCCG